AUGGAGGCGACCGCUUCUCCCCGCGGCUCCUCCGACGACCUCGACGGUCGCAAUGGCAGUGAUCCGGAUCUGGUCGAUUCUCACCCCCCUAAAGGUCUCCCGGCCGAUCUACCGAAAUCGUUGGAUGACCGUCGCUCGGUCCAUAUCGUUCCCCAAGAGACCGAGAUGUAUGAUGCCUGGCAAGGCCAAUCCCAAUUCCUGACGACCCCCGUGGCAGCGAAACCGUUAAGCUUCAGCCUCGCGCUAGACGACCACUCGCACGAUGACGAACACAGCCUCCAAGCGCAGUACGGGCGCGGACUGGCCUCCGCCGCGGACGACGACAACGAGUCGACAUCCACAGCUCGUCUCGAGGACAGCGAUGCCCGGUUGAUGGAGAUGCUGGCGGCCCAGGCGGCCCAUCGGGAGGUGGACUCGCUGGGUGCGGACGAGGACGCCAUCGCGAGCGACGAGAAACUGACCGAUUCCGAGAAGAGGCAGAUCCUGCAGCGGGGGCUUAAUAUGGCGGCGAGCAAUGGCGAUGUGGAUCGCGUGCAUAAGCUGGUGCAGGGCAAGGCAAAGGAUUAUAUCGAUGUGAACAUGCCGGAUGAGGAGGGUACCGUGCCGUUGAUUUAUGCGAGUUGUUUUGUGCGUGUUUUCCCCGGUCUCUUUUCUCGGUUUUAUGUGGUGGGCUGA